AUUUAACUAUAUUAUUAAAUUUGCAUAUUUUAGAAUUUAUGAACAAUGCAAAGAUUUCUAGUACAAUUUCUAGUACACCCACCAAUCAAGUUCAAUCAGUCUCUACUCAAUUCACGCCUAAUCUUGAGGCAAUUCAAAAUGCACUCAAGUAUGAUAAAAAAUUACAUUAUCCAAGUGCAUUAGAAUUUGAGAAGGUUUGUUCUAUAAUGAAUACUUAUGAAACCGAAGGUGUUGUAAUAUCAAAACAAUAUGGCAUUAAGGACUCCAAAGAUCCCAAAGAACAAGCUGUGCUUCUUGGCAUCGCAUCCACAAUUAUGCUAAAGCUGUUAACCAAAUAUUUAGACCUUCUUGCAGUAGAUUCUACUGGCUAUCAGGAAGAAUUUGAUCAAAGGAAAGCUACCAUUUUAAAUGAGAAAACCGUUAGAAAUCGUAAUAAUUGUCCUAUGAAAACGAAUAUGUUAUUAGAAAGUUAUUUUAAGAAGGACAUGAUAAUACAUUAUCGAGGAAGAUACACUAAGUCUUUACACUCUAACCUUGAAAAAAUUGGAGCGUCAAUGCAUGUGGAUGCUGGGGAAGUAGAAGGCAAACCUUCUACAAAAUCGCAGUUGCAACGAGAAAAAGAAAAAAUUAUGAGACAAGGCGAAUUAUUAUAUAAAAAAAAUCUUGUUCAAGUUGUUGCUGCUGAACUAAAUGAUAAUAUUGAUAAUAUUAGUGAAGAAAGCGAAGAAAGUUCAAGAUCAGAUGUUUAUAAACUGGAAAGCCAAAAUAUGAAAAUUUCUGAAAUAAUUGAUAACCAUAUUAUCAAACAACGUGAAAAGCCACUAUGUGUUACUCGCCGAAGUGGAAAAUUUGCUUGUCUUUGUAGUUUCAAUGUUAUUCGUGGUCAUGAUUGCCAGGAUAUUGUAGCUGUGCGUUUCUUUAUUAAUGAGCUUGAAACACGAAACUCUCUCGAAUCUUAUCUUCGUCAGAAGAAUGCUUAUGGUAAUAGCAAAGAUGAGCUUAAAUUACCUCAAAAAAGAGGACCUAAGAAUAAAAGAAAAAGCAGAUUAAUUCCAGAAGAAUCCGUUCAAAUUCAAGAUGCAACACUGGAUGAGCCCUACCAUAAGGUUCAAAUCAUUGAAAUUAUUAGUAAUGAUGAGAUUAUUAAUCAACGAACAGUUCAAUUAACUGAUAUAAUCGGAUACGAUGAUAGAAAGAUAAAAAAAAAAUCAAAGGUAAUGUGA